UUGGUUCGAUUUCAUUGUGACGUAAAGGUUUCGAAAAUAAAAUAACGACAUACACUUUGUGAAAUGUAUGUUUCACUGGAUGUCCCCUACUCUCUGGUCCCUCCCUACGUUUCUCCGCUAUUGAGAAGUGAUGCAUUCAUAGACCUGUGAUUGACAGGCACGAUGGAAUCCUCGAACCAAUCAGGGAAGAGAUGCAGAAAUAAACCAGGGAACCCACAUUCAACCCUAAAUUGAAUCUCACAGAUGAUUCACCAUCCAAUGUUGGAUGGAUGAAUGUCUAUGGCAUUCCUCACAAAUUACACUCAAAUAAUAGCACUUUUAAGGUUUGGCUGCCCAUCUUCUACGGUUUCCUCUUGCAGAAGGUACCCAGGGCAGUGGCCAUCUAUGAAGAAACCGAGACAACAGGAAAAGCCACACAAAUUUAGUACAUGUUUGUUUACUUGUGUGAAAGGAUUUAAGGAAGUUGUUAUAGUCUCCUGCCAGAGAUCUGGUGUGCAGGAUAAGGCUGGACAGUUAAGAAGUUUUAAAAGUUUUGUGGAUUUUAUUUUGACUGUUCUCACAGGUACCUGAAUCAGUGUGCUCUCCUGAAUGUGAUGUUGGAUAUGCAAAAACACCAGAAGGAAUCCACAGAUGUUGCUUUACGUGUGAGAAAUGUAAAAAUGGAACUUAUCUGAACAUCACAGCCGACGCCUAUCGCUGCCAGGAAUGCUCCAUAUCUGAAUGGUCUUUGGCCGGAAGCACAUCCUGCCAGCUCCGCUCGGUGGAGUACAUCCCCUACUCGGACCCCAUGGCCAUCCUGAUCAUUGUUGGCGCCAUGAUUCUGGCGGCGCUCUCGCUGGCCAUCGCCGUUCUCUUCCUCGUCCACCACAACACGCCCGUGGUCAAGUCUGCCGGCGGCCUCAUGUGCUUCAUCAUCCUGGUCUCCCUCGCCCUGUGUACCAUCAGCAUCUUCUUCUACUUCGAAAAGCCGUCCACCGCCAGUUGCAUCCUGAGAUAUCUGCCCUUCGUGUUGUUCUACACCGCCUGUCUGGCGUGCUUCUGGGUUCACGCCUUCCAGAUCGUCUGCGCCUUCAAAAUGGCCGCCAAGUUCCCCAAGUUCUACAGUUUGUAUAUGAAGCACCACGGUCAGUGGUGGCUCAUCGCGCUGCCGGUCCUCCUGCAAGCGGGACUGCUGACGACCGGCUACACCUCCAGCCCUCCCCAUCCGGUCAACCAGACCGACCUGUACCCGGACAAGAUCCUACUCGCUUGUGGAAUCGGUCAUUCUAUCCUCUUCUCCAUGUCGGCCAUCUUGCUCGCCUUCCUGGUCGUCCUCUGUUUCGCUUUGUCCUACAUGGGGAAAGACCUGCCCAAGAACUACAACGAGGCCAAGGCAAUCACCUUCUGCCUGCUGCUGCUCAUCCUCACCUGGGUCUUCUUCCUCACAGAGUACACCAUCUACCACGGCGAGUACAUCCAGACCCUCAACGCCCUGGCCGUGCUCUUCAGCCUAUACGCCAUCCUGGUCUGUUACUUCCUGCCCAAGUGCUACAUCAUCCUCUUCCAGCCCCAGAAUAACACGCCGCACUACUUCCAGGAACUUAUCCAUGAUUAUACCAAACAAAUCAGCAGCCAGUGAAGAGGGUCCCUCUUCAUUCGAAUUCGAAUAUAGUCUAGAAUGUUUUUUGUAUGCUCUGUUUAUUGACACAAGAGGCCGCCCUAGGAACACUGUGUUGUUUGUGUGUAGAGGCUGUGAAUCAAUUGGAUGACAAAACUAGGAUUGCUUAAUUAACUAAUCAGUUAGAGAAUCAGAGGUAUCCAC